AAAGCAGCGAAAUUUUCAAAGACGCAGAGAUAGGCACCAGAUUCACACAAGCGAGCGUGUAACAGCGAAGUUUUUCCCGAAAUUCCACCUGAAAUGUUGUGAAAAUCCGGCCAAACUGGGCGUCAAAGUGCACCGCAAACCCACAUCAACCCGUAACCGUGGCGAUUGUUAGCGAUAAUCUCAGUUUCGAGCGCUAUUUCCUCCAAAAAAUGCAGCAAGCAGACGAUCCCCCGUAUUUGACUGUUGGCACGGAGGUAAGCGCCAAAUACAAGGGGGCGUUCUGCGAGGCCAAGGUCCGCAAGGUGGUGCGCAACAUCAAGUGCCGCGUCGCGUACAAACAGGCCGGGCUCGGGUCCGGAGUGGUGUCCGACGACCAAAUCAAGGGGGCGCUCCGCGUUGGGGCCACGGUAGAAGUGAAACACCCGGAGCGAAAGGAAUACGUCGAAGCGACGCUGACGAAGAUUCAGGACUGCUCCCAGUAUACGGUUGUGUUCGACGACGGGGACAUUACGACGCUACGGCGCAGUGCAUUGUGUUUGAAGAGUGGAAGACAUUUCAAUGAAAGUGAAACGCUCGAUCAGCUACCGUUGACCCAUCCGGAGCACUUCGGAAAUCCGGUUAUCGGCGGACGGCGAGGUCGAAGAUCGCGUCACCUGCUGCAAGACGACAGCUCCGACGAGGACGACGAACCGGCAGUAAACUCCCGGUCCAACAACAGCGACAAAGAGGAAAACAUCGGCAAGGUGGUCUGUGUGGAGUCCACCGACAACAAAAAGAAGAAUCCCAAGGAAAAUUGGUUCCCCGGGCUGGUGGUGGCACCCACUGCACAGGAUACCGUUCGAAUACGCGUCAAGGACGAGUAUUUGGUUCGUUCGUUCAAAGAUGGCCGCUACUACACGGUGCCCAAGAAGGAGGCGACCGAUUUCAGUCGGGAUUGCACUAACAAAUCGGAAGCGGCAGCCGUUUCGGCCGCCCUGGACUACAUGGACAAUGACACGUUGCCGCCGCAUUGGGAUCGAGAGGCAUUGUUCGGUAUGUCUGGAAGUUGCAGUGACUCCGAACAGGAACUGGAAACCGACAGUUCAGAUGAUGAACCCACGGAGGAGAAGGAUCACUUUGUAGCUCAAUUGUACAAAUUUAUGGACGAUCGCGGGACUCCGCUGAACAAAGUUCCCUCCAUCAUCAAUCGAGAUGUCAAUUUGUACCGAUUGUUCCGAGCAGUGCAGAAACUCAACGGUUACAAUCGUGUCACUAGUCAGAAUCAAUGGAAGCAAAUAGCUCUGCGAUUGGGAUUCUCACCAGCUACGGUCAGCAUUACCAAUCUGGUGAAACAGGCCUACAAGAAAUUCCUGUUCUCUUUCGAGGAAUUCAAUCGAAAGCUGGGUUGCACUAUGGUUCCUCAUCCUCGAACCAAUCGCUCCAAGGGGCGAAGCCUGGUUCGAGCCAGCUCAGUGCAAUCCCCCAAGACCACAGAAAAAGAGAAACCUUCAACAUCCAAAGCAGCAGCAGCGGCGGCCGCAGCUGCUGCUGCUGCUUCCGCUGCCGCAGCCGCCGCGGCCGCUGCAGCAGCUGCAGAGGCCACCUCCAGUUCGGCAGUCGAAGAGUCAGGAAACACCAGUGAAUCGAGCACGGCCGAAACCAAACCACCGAACAACAAACGCAAACUGUCCGGUGCCAGUACAGGGAAGGUCAAGGCUUUGGUGGAUAAAUUCGAAGAAAAGGAAAAGGACAAGGAGAAAGAAAAGGAAAAGGAAAAACCUAAAGAAAGUGUGGUUGUAAAGAAGGAAGAACCUCCCGCGUCAGCAAAGAAGGAAAAGAUACCACCCAAGGUGACGACCCCCAAAGCCAGCGAACCGAACGAAAAGCGUGGUCGCAAGCGAAAGGAAACGGAUUCAACCGAUUCGAAGAAAGACGACAAAGACAAAGAUAGCGGCAAGGGGUCAUCAUCGAGUGGAGCCUCUUCUUCGUCUGUUUCGGGCGACAGCAAGAGCAGCAGUUCAUCGUCCUCUGCAAUGGAGACCAAAACGGCUCCGAGUUUCCCGAUUGAGGUGGGAGACAAGUUGAAGGUUUACUACGACGAGCAGAAGGUGACCUACGAGGCUAAAGUGAUCGAGAUUGCCAUUCAGGAGGGAAGUCCGAUCUACUUGGUGCACUACACUGGAUGGAAUACGAGAUACGACGAAUGGGUUCGGAAGGAACGUGUAGCGGAGAAUCUCACCAACAGUAAAACUAAAAAGGGUAAAUCGGACAAAAGUAGCCACAACAACAAGAAUGCUCCCCCGCCUCGGGACCGAAGUAAUAGCUCAACCGGAGGACCACCUGGAUCUUCGGCCGCUAACGCAGCAAAUUCAACGUCUGGCCCUCCGUCAGCUACCCCCGCUACUGCGACGACCCCCAAAACAUCCAAAAGAAUCCGCAAUAACUCAAAGGGAGACAUCUCCGGCAAUACUCCAACGUCGGCGGCAACUACGAGUUCCCCACGAUCUACCACCCCGAGCACAUCCGCAACACGAAACAAGUCCCCGGCAUCGGCCGGAGGUGCUAGUGGCCAUCGCCGUCCAGUGACGCGUGGUGGCCAUCCACACACGUCCUCAUCGAGGCGUCGCACCUCCAACAAUACGGACAUUUCGUCCCUGUCGUUGCAAACGGAUGAUAAUACCAGCGAUACCGAUUCGGACGAGCCGAUUAAAAAGUGCCCGGCCAAUACCAACAGCAACAGCUCCUCGUCGACGGCGUCCUCCAAUUCCUCAUCGUCGUCUGCGUCCUCCAGCAGCAGCAUUAGCUCCAGCAGCACGAAAGUAAGUACAACGGCCGAAGCGGGCUCGUCCUCGGACGCGGCGGCUAUUUCGGACGAGUUUAGCAACGGAGCCUCCAAGGGUCGCGAUUACGAUCUGAACCAAAUUCGAUCGGAGCUCAAGGGAUUCAAGGAACUCAAGUCCCCAACUUCCCCGGCCUCGGACAGCACGACAACGGCCACGACGGAUGCCCCGGGAACACAAGGCCAAACGCUUACAACCGAUACCGAUGUCAAGGAUUCCAUACCGGAUGGUUCUUCAACGCCACCGCAUGACGACGAAGCUGUUCUACCAAGCUCCAAAUCCGACGGAACCCCAUUGAAAGAUGAGCUCGAUGAACCCAUGGAAGAAGAACAUGAAAAAACCUCCGAGUCGGAAACGCUCAGCGAGGAAGAUUCUUCGCAAUCCUCUAACAAGGCUUUCUCCAGCUCUCCGAUUACAGCAAUGGUUGAUUCCGACACGGGUCCGGAAACUCCAGUCCCACCACCGACAGUAUCGACCCCCACUCCAACACUUGUCACCACAAGCGUCACGUCGGUUACCACGGCCAGUUCUACCGUGGGAAUGGCUCUAAAGACCAUCAAAACCAUCGACACCAGCACUUCCAAAAUCAUUGACAAGGUUGUCGAAAAGACUUACGAGAAGGACAAAUCAGCAGCCGCCAUCCCACCCGGUAGUGCUUCCUCUGGAAUACCGCACAAGCCUCCGUUGAAAACUUACGGAACGGCGGCGGCCAUCAUCGCCAAUGCCGAGAACAAUGCCGUCAAAUACGCCGUCAGUACCAUCAUCCGGGAAACGGAUGUCGACAAACUCUUCCCCAUAGGCUCAGCCCCUGCUGGCCCAUCUACCAGUGCACCACCGGUGACACCAGUCAAAGAGGUUCCCACUCCAGUGAUCUCCAAACCGACGCAUUUAGCUCCCGAAGAUAAGCCCAGCCCUGCAGUAUCCACAACAGCAGCACCAGCACAUCCCACCCAACAACGUCCCAACAUUCCGCCGGCAUUGUCUUCCAGCGCUACUACCACUGGAACAACUGCUACCGUACAACAGCCACCGAAGAGUACAAAGAUGAUCAAUGUCCAGGACGAAAUCGUUGCCACUGUGAUCAACAAGACGGCUAUUGCUGCGGCUACAACGGCCACAGCUGUCUCGGCAGCCGUUUCGUCGACCAUUCCCGGAACUGCGGGAAUCUCGCUUCCAUCAGCGAUUACUCCAGUUACGGCGCCCGGAACCUCUUCCACUACUACUCUGGCGGCCUUACGUGCCGAAAAGAAGCUCACCGGAGAUAAGCGCGUGGAGAAGGUUGUUCCCGUAGGAAAACUGGGAGGCAUAAGUUCCGUGCUGCCCACGGAGAAGAAACUCUCCUCGUCUACGUUGACGCCGGCGCAGAACAAGCUACUCAGUAAGGAAGCCCUAUCGAUCAAAUCGAUAUUUGAAUCGACCGCAACGAAGAUCGAGAAAAACAUUUCCGACGUCUACGAGUUCAAGGAUGUUGAAUUUGAGCCGGAGACGACGACCGGCAGUGGAGCCACUCCGAGAAAGCAUGUGUCGGAGGUUCCACCGGCGGAAGUCGUCAGCUCAAUGACAUCCACUCUGGCCUCGGAGGAGAAGAAGACAGUGGGCAAGAAGGGUCUGGCGAGAAAAACGGAACUUCUUGGAUUUGCCGAAAAGAAGGCAAAGAAGAUCUCACCAAUGAAGGAAACGGACAAGCUCAAGCUGGUUAGGCGGGAGAAGGAACGAGAUCUGGAGAAGGAAAAACUUCUGCUGAACGAAUUGGAAGGAGCUGCCGCCACCUUCAGCACCAUAAUGGUUACUCCGGAGAAGUCGUCACCCCAUUUUGCUGGUUUUUCUUUACAAAAAGAUUCUCACACGUUCGAUGUGUUUAAGAAAUCCCCGAAUCUUCCCACUGUCUCGCAUCGAGAUGAAAAGCCUGCACCUGAGGAAGACCACAAACCGGACGCCAGCAAAAUUGCUGCCGUUACGAAGGGAAUUUUCACUCCGGUUAUGUCCCCUACGGGUCCGGAACCUUCUUCUAGUGAAGUGAUUAAGAGCCCCUCCAAAUUGGAUGAGAAAAUCAAAGAGGAACCUACACUGGAAAAUUGUAAAAAGUAUUUCAACGAUAUGAACUUUGACUUUGAUACUCCCAAAACGGAAAAGCCACCGUCUAUUGCGGACAAGGUGCUGAAGGCACUGGGCCAACAGCCGCAAGCUCAUUGCAGUUCUGUUAAGCCCGAUUUCCCUAAAUACAGCAUACCAACCGUUCAUCACAAACACCCUUCGCUGGUACCCAUCGAACCGGUGAGCAGUGCUCCUUCGGUGAUAACAACUCCCGCAAAACUGGAGGCAUCUUCGUUUGCUUCUCUCAUUCCGCUGAAACCGCACCACACUCAACCACCCAAGAUCGAAAUCCCUACCAUUAUGCUCAAGAAAGAGGUUGAACUUGUUAAGCAAUCUAUCCCAGUCGUAUCCAUCAAGGCCCCUCCGACGUUUUCAAGUAACUCGGAGAUCCUUCCACCGACGACCUGCACGAAGAGCCAGGAUCUCACCGAAUCCAUCAAAAAGCUGGAAACAUCCAAUCUGGUUCAGGCAGAGUCGUCACGAUUUACCCACCACGACGAGGACAGCACCGACAGCAAUGAUUCCGAGCAGCGACUUGUAAUCGAAGAUCCGGAAGCCAUCGAUCCCAUCCAGCCAACCGACUUUGAGAAGCUAAUCAAAGUGGAAGUCGAAGAGAAGCCCAUGAUGUCGCAUGUCGAAAUGCAUUCAGCAGCUUCGGCCGCUGCGGUGGCCGCCGUUGCCUGCAAGGAGAAACUCAUCUACAAAACCGAACCCCCACACCAUGAUAUCAAAGAGGAAGUUGCCCCACCGCUUUACGGCCUCGGCAGUCACGUCGACAGCAAGAAGGGUAAGCAGCCAAGUAUUCUCGAAACCAUCAUCCAAAGUGAGCUCAACACCGUCGUCAAGUGUGGCGGCAUGGGUUCGCACAGUUUCCUUAAGAUCAAAGAUCACGAUUCCUUCGCGCAAAACGAGCUGGAUAGACUUCGACGCGAAGAACAACAGCUCCAGCAUCAUCAACAGCCAUCACACACUCAACCGAAUCCUUCACUCGCAGCUCCCCUUUCAGAAUCCACAACGAUGACGGCCCCAAUCACAGACAAGCAGCAACAACCCGCCCAACAGCAGCAAACCAACAAUAGUGAGUCCCUCUCGAUGCUACUGUGCGAAGAAACGAUACCCGGUUCACCGGCUCCGGUCUGUGGAGUCUCAUCAGCAGCCGCCCAGAAGGAAUCCACCAAGGUGUACGCCGAAGCGGUCACUUCCUUCCUGUCGCCGCAGAACAUCGCUUCCGACCUGAAACCGGUCCCGAUGGACUUGGAACCGACGUCGGAUCCGCUGGCGACGACGCCGGCCAGAGGGAAAUCAACGGCGGCCGAUACGACCGACACUCCCAACAGUUCACCGCGCGACUCCAUCAGUCAGGACGAAAAUCAAGAACCAGAAGUUUCACCGACCAAGAAGAGGAGGCAGCGGAAAACCAGUGAUGAACCCACCAACAAGCGUCGGAGAACGACGGGAUGCAGCAGUGGCUACGGAAGAGGCAGUCAUCGGGCGAUGGGUAACAACGCUACCGACAGCGAGGACAACUCCGACUCGAUGGCAUUCCACCGGGGUCACAUUUCGUCGGCCGCCGGCGGUUCCAGCUCAGCAUCACCCGGUGGAAAAUCCGGCCGACCCUGUCAGUACAACUUCCUCGUCAAUUUGGAUCCCGCGCUUAACAGCGCCCAGCGAAUAGCCAUCCUGAAGAAGAAGAUUCAAGAGCUCCGCAAAACGUACAACGCGAUCAAGGCCGAACUGGCCAGUAUCGAUCGGCGGCGGAAGAAGCUCCGAAGGCGCGAACGCGAAAGCAAAAAACAGGCCAAACUGGCCGCCGGCGGUGGAAACAGCUAAGCUGGAGGUCCACGUUGGGCCUGAACCGAUUGUAUCUAUAUGCAUAUUCAUGAAGAAGUUUAUUUACACUCGUUUAACUUAUACCCAUUUUAGUAGGAUAGUUUGACCGCAUUACAGAUCAUUAUUGUGUGAUGAGAUUUCCGUUGCAGAAGCGGCACCCCACAAACAACGCAGAGCAUCAAUACAAAAAGUGAAACUUUAGAGUGAUUAGAUCAUAAGUCAGAUUAAGUUGUGGAAAACUAUUAGAACCUCAUUUAUUCGAAUGUGUCUGUUUGUGGAUGGCUGCUCCUAGGUUUACAAUAUUGUGUUUCGAUCAUUUCAGGAUGCAGCAUAAGGGAGUUUUGUAAAGUAGAGACAAACUAGGUAAAUUUCAGUGCAUACAUAAGUUUUACUUCAAAAUGUUCUGGAUCUGUUAAUGUUUAUUAGGUAGAUUUUUUUUAAUCCGCUUAAGUGAUCAAUGUUCUGCGUCCAAUUUGUUUGAGAUUCUUUCCAGCAACUAAUAUAGUGUCAAACAUGUCAUGCAAUUUUAGUCUUUAAGUAUUCAUCAGCUGAGAACUAGCGUAGGCUCCUUGUAAAGUGUUGUACAAUCUUUGAAUUUCAAUACAACACUAGAAGAGGCAAUUAUCUGUUCUAUUCAUAGUCAUCUACAGGAAAGGAAUGAGAGCAGUCAAACCGUACAGUCCAGCUACAACCAGCAGCUGAUAAUCAUGUUUGCUUGUUGUGAGAUAGUAUAACACAGAACCGCGAAUCAGUAAUGAAAAGAAGAACUUCCGAUCAAUAUGCUCACAAUCCAUCGCCAUAAUACAGUGAUGAUCGGCAAUCUUUUGAGAAUUUUGCAGUGGCGAUCUCUUGACGUAGUAAAAGCAGCUCUCUUGACCUGGUUACUUGAAAACAGGGAGAGCCAUACGUGCACAUAAAUCCAUUUUAACUUAUAUGAUAACUGAAUACUACAUUAAUUUCAAUUGAUUGAACGCAAUCUACACAAGAACACAUAUUAUUAAAACACUCACACUCACAAGUACAUACACAUACAAAAGAGAUGGCUAUUUAAAUAAACAUUAAAAAGUAUAUUGCAAAAUUAAA